CUUCAAUGUCUGCCUUCCACCAUUGGGAAGUUUCGAACUUGGUUUUUGGAUCAUUCGAAGAACACGCCUUGAAAAAGUUUAAACCAAUGAAAACAUUCGAUUUUCUACUCUAGAAUAUCAUUCUCUUUAUUUUUCGUACCAAGAAAUUUUAACCCUCUCUCUCUCUCUCUCUCUCACUCACACACACACACACACACACUCACGCGCAACGUGGAGUCCGACAGCUCGAAAGAAGAAACUGAGAGAACGAGCGAGCGCCAUGGCUCCUCCUGAAGACGACACAAAGGUUACAGAGGAGGCCAUGGCAGCUGAAGAGGAGGAGAAGCCCAUCUCCACCAUCGUUUUUGUUAUAGCGAUGCAGUCUGAAGCGCUUCCACUUGUGAACAGAUUUCAGUUAACGGAGGAUCCUGACUCUGUGUUCCCUAAAGGGUUUCCUUGGGUAAGAUAUCAUGGUAUUUACAAAGAUCUACAUAUCAAUAUAAUCUGGCCAGGAAAAGAUCCAGUUUGGGGAGUUAAUAGUGUAGGCACAGUUUCUGCAUCCCUUGUGACAUAUGCUUCUAUCCAAGCAUUAAAACCAGACCUUAUUGUAAAUGCAGGCACAUGUGGGGGCUUUAAGGCCAAAGGAGCAUGCAUUGGGGAUGUCUUCCUGGCUUCUGAAGUUGCUUUUCAUGAUAGAAGAAUACCUAUACCUGUUUUUGAUCAGUAUGGAAUUGGUGCCCAGCAGACUUUUUCAACACCGAAUCUCUUGCAGAAACUUAUUCUGAAGACUGGAAAACUGUCUACUGGGGACUCUUUGGAUAUGUCCCCUCAGGACGAAGCAUCCAUCAUUGCAAAUGAUGCCACAGUAAAAGAUAUGGAGGGUGCGGCAGUGGCCUAUGCAGCUGAUCUUUCUACGGUCCCAGCAAUAUUUGUAAAAGCUGUGACAGAUCUAGUGGAUGGUGACAAACCUACUACAGAGGAAUUCCUGGAAAAUUUGGCGGCGGUGACUGCUACACUUGAUCAGUCAGUCAUGAACAUCAUUGAUUUCAUCAGUGGGAAGUGCCUGUCUGAACUUUGAGAAUUACAGAUUCAAGCGAAAUGGUGGUCUGAGGUGAAAAGCUGAAGCUCUUCUUUGACAACAGCCAUUAAUGGAGAAGAACAUACUCUUUUGAUAUGAUCCUCAUUGUUUUGACUCAAAGGGUGUUAUAGUGACUUCAAAUCGAUUAAUUAAUUUACUCAAUUUCCUGCAUAAUGUCUUGCUGAUUUAAGCUUUCACCGGCGGUUAAAAAGCUUCAGAUAUUGUAAUAGGGAAGUUGAAAUUUCACACAUUAUCCAAAUGCUUUCCCAGAGCUGUUGUGAAAAUAGCUACUCCCUGGCUUACCAAAUCAUAUUUUCUAGGUUGAUUUACAUCAACCUCCCCUGGCAUUUGCUUA